CAAAUAUGAUUUUGAAACUAGAUCUUGUUUUUCUGGUGUGUUUGGAUAUUCCAUGUUUGUUUUGGUGGGAGAAUUGAGCUCCGAUGAUGCCAUGUAGUCUUGGGUUCUGUUGCUUGGGUUCCUGCGCUUGCCUCUCGCCAUCAAAUUAUCUCUAGUGUUACUUUGUUCUGCUAUUCCUGACAGUGGCUAGACUGUCUUAUAGGCCUGUGUGUCAGGAGUGCUGUAGACCUGUUUUCCUGUUUUCUUUCAGCCAGUUAUGGGGACAGAGUGUUCUGCUUUCGGGCGUGUAGUUUUUCCUCUCUAUAGGUCUUCAGCUGUUCCUGUGGGCCUGUGUCUUGAGUUCACCAGGCAGGUCACUUGCAGCAGAAAAGUUGGUCUUACCUGUGGUCCCGAGGCUCAAGUUCGCUCGAGGGGUGCUGCCCAAGAGCUCUCUGCAGAGGCAGCAACCAGGAAGAUCCGCGCCGCCCUUUCCUGGAGCUUCCGUGCACCAGGGUUCCAGAUGUCGUUUGGUGUUUUCCUCUGGCGUCCGAGAUGUGUGUGCAGAGUGCAGUCUCUUCUGGUUUCCCAGGCAUGUCUGCCUCUCUGAAGGUUUAGCUCUCCCUCCCACGGGAUUUGGGUGCAGAGAACUGUUUAUCCGGUCUGUUUCCUUCAGGUUCCGGCGGUGUCUCCCAUGAUGUCUCUUAUGUGCAUGGAGGAUGGGGAUUGUGAGGGCAAAUGAAUGAGGUUUCCUUGUAAGGAAUUAGUCCCAGACAGAACUCAGGUUGUCAUGUCUGUCCAGCAAGUGCGUUUACCCACUAAGCCAUCUUGCCAACCCCGCCCCCCCAGUAGUAUUUGAUUGACCUGCCAGUGACUGCAUGUAGCAAAAGUUUACAGGUGACUAGUGGGAAACAGAGUAUUAUUUAACAUUUUUAUUUUCUAGGAAUGGUAUUAAAAUUGGUAGGUUCAGAGGGAGCCAUAUUGUCAGUAUCUGAUAAUAUCACUUGUUUGUUUAUUAAGUGGGAGUUUAAAUGUGACCAUGGUCUUUUGUAAAUAGGAGGCCAUUAUGUUGUUGUCUGGGGUGUGGAGUGGAAAUUGAUGGUUGUGUCAUGUGAUGUAGACUCACGUGGUGUCUUGCUAAGGCAAGACCUGUGGGAAGACAUGUGAUAUUUGGAGAGAGUAUAAAUAGGACUCAACAGACAGUGAUGGGACCCUUGCUUGGCUAACUCUGCAACGCUUUGUUGGUCUGGAGUCUUUGCUGAUCUUUGAUUAGUUGAGAAAGGCAUGGCAGAGAACGUCCCCUGGCAUCCUGGCUGGUCCUGGUUGUUUUCGCUGACUUGGAUUCCAGCGGAAGCCUGGAGGUUUCUGCUGGAUUGUGCCACUGCUGCUGAUUAGUGUUUGGUAUCCUGACAGUAAUGAACUGGACUGCUGAUAUCCUAACAACAGAGACUGGAGUCCACCCCACCACCACCACCACACACACCAAACUACUUCUAAACAGGUCCACAUCUCCUUGUUUACUAUCUUUUCUCUCCUACCUUUAAAUGUUGGUCUAGAAAUGGGGGGGGGGGAGGAUCAAAGCAUUUAAAACUCUUAUUAAAAAUAGUUUGGUUUUUUUUUUAAAAAACUAAGCCUCUAGGGGUGAAUUUCUAAUACUUAUACAUAUAGACUCAGAAGCAAAUAAAUAUUACUCUUCACAAAAGAACACAGGACCUUCUUACGACAGGUCUUUCUGUUGGUUGAAUUAGAUGCAUGAUGUCUAUUGUUACCACAUUACUUGCUAUUCAAUAUUCCAAGUUGUCAUCUCUCCAUAUCUUUUGGGUAAGAUUCAGAUUUCCUUACAGGUAGGCACAAGCUCUUGCACUUUCACUGUCACUGAAGAAACUAGGGCAGACAGCACAUCAUCUCCCCACCACAGGCCUUGCUUUGGCUGUUUGUCUAAGGCUGGCAUCCAGAUCCUAGGCCUCUGAUGGCUCCGUCAGGUAAUUCCACUGGCUCCUGGAUGUCAGUGGCCACAUCACCCUCUGCCACUUGCUCGCUCUGCAGUGGUUGAGGGACACUGGCAGUAUAAAGAGAAGUCAAAGCUCAAAGGGCGCUUUUCCAAGUGAGGUUAAGGAAACACCUUGGAUGUUCGGACUUAAGCGCUGUUCAGCAAAACUCUUUCCUUGGGCAUGAACCUAGUCUUUACCACAUGGCUCAUUGUUCAAGAUCAAUUGCAAGGGGCUUUGUUAGUCUUAUCAACUCGCCAUUGACGCACAGCCCAGCUAGACGUCAGCCUGGAUCCUAAGAGUCCAUCUCUAAUACCAGAACAAUACUUCAGCCAGCAUUAGUCUUUGUGGUCUGUGUCGAUACAGGCAUCAGGCAGAAGAGACGCUUAUGUGAAGCACGAGUUCUCUGGACAACGCGUUUCUCAAAGAGCCUACGCAUUCAGAAAGGCCUGGUGCUUCCUCACAAGAAUGAAACUCAGAUAUGAACAUCAUGAAGUCAUUAAUAAAGAUUCAAACAGGCAGAUGACUUAUCAAGGCAGGGAAGGCAUGAUAGGCCUUACAUCAAGUCAUAGGUAAAAUAACAUUUUUUAAUGCUUCGGUUGCAAAAGACUAAUCAUCUAGAUGUUUUAAAUUUGUGGCAUCCCAUAUGUUGACCUUUCUGGAUUGCUAGUUUUAUAAUGCCAGUAUAGUCCUGUUUGUGUCUAACACAAUGCAGCUCAUCAUUUGAAAAAUUUAUUUGAUAUUUUUAUGUGUGUGUGUGUGUGUGUGUGUGUGUGUGUGUAGGCAGGUACAUGCCACUGACAACUUUCUGGAGCUGAUUCUUGUCUUCUGCCUCACUUUUGUGACAGGGCCUCUUGUUGUUUCUCUAACUGGGCUGCAUAUCCAAGCCUAGCCUGCUUGAGAACAUCCCGAAUUCUCCUGUCUCCACCUCCUCCCAUCUCACUGUAGGCACGCCAGGUUACAGACACACGUGUCCACAUCCAGUGGCUUCCAGGCUUGCACAGCAAAGGCUUUCCAUGCCAACCCACUCCUUUGCCACCUUAGCAUUUUGAUGGCUGCAGGGAGAUGAGGGAGUCUCUGAUACAGCUGAGGUCUAUUAUGGAGUUUGCUCCAAGGCAAGAGAGAACCUAUACUAUUUUUCAUCAGUGUUAGGGAGUUUAUGAGUCCCCUGAAGACCAACUGCGGACUCUGAAUACCGGCGAUCUAACCAUCCUGUAACAUUAACACAUCCCUCCAACCCCUCUCCCUGACCCCUACCCCCUUACAGAGCAGUUGUAACUUCCCCCUAAACUCUGGAUUUGCUUUUACAUCGUAACUUCUAAAAAAGCAGCAGAUGCGAAAUUCCAGAGCUUAGGCUCCAGAACACUUAGCAUUGGAUACAAAUCUCGCUUCUGUCACUUAAAGGCUCAGACAUCUUAGUCACAUGUUUGGCUUCCUGAGUCUUGUUUGCAUCUGUAACACGGAGAUAACAGAUGCUGGGGAGGAAGCUCAGUGGGCACCAGUGCUUGCUGUACAGACUGGCAGACCUGGGCUUGGCUGCCUGCAUCCCAAGAGCUAGAUGCUGUAAUGCCAGAACUCCUACGGGAAGAUGGGGCACAGAGACAGGAAUUGCCUGGAAGCUUGAGGGCCACCUAGUCUGGAGUCUGCAUCAGAGUGAAAAAGAAAAAAAAAAAAGAGACCUGCUUUCAAUCAAAGGGGAAGGUACUGUUGGGAUUUUCAGCCCCAAGGAGACGACCUUGGCCAAGACGGCUCUGAUGAAAAUCUGAGUGGGACACACGGCCCAGCCCUCGCAUCAGAUGCAUCCUUUUGGUCAGAUUAUCAGGAGGAGGGAAUAGACGACAUCAUCAGAGGGGCUCAAGAGCUGGAUAACGUCAUCAAACAAGGAUACCUGGAGAAGAAAAGCAAAGAUCAUAGCUUCUUUGGGUCGGAGUGGCAGAAGCGAUGGUGUGUUAUCAGCAGAGGGCUCUUCCUCUACUAUGCUAAUGAGAAAAGCAAGCAGCCCAAAGGAACCUUCCUCAUUAAGGGAUACAACGUCCGGAUGGCCCCUCACCUGCGGAAAGACUCCAAGAAAGACUCCUGCUUUGAACUGACCUCCCAGGAUAGGCGCAGCUAUGAGUUCACAGCUUUUAGUCCAGCUGAAGCCAGAGACUGGGUGGAUCAAAUAAGUUUCUUGUUAAAAGAUCUUAGCUCCUUGACCAUUCCCUUCGAAGAGGAGGAGGAGGAGGAAGAGGAAGACAAAGAACAGGAAGAAAUGUACAAUGACAUUGAUGGCUUUGACUCCGCAAGGUCCGGCUCCCAGGGCAGAGCCAUGGCCUUGCCUGAGCCUCUGGACAAAGAGGAGGACGUUUACGAAGUCCUACCAGAUGAAGAUGAUCUAGAAGAGGAUGCAUGUGGCGCUCAUCGGCGGCGAGUGGACUAUGCCGAUUAUUACCAGGGCCUCUGGGAUUGCCAUGGUGACCAGCCAGAUGAACUGUCCUUCCAACGAGGUGACCUCAUCCGCAUUCUGAGCAAGGAGUACAACAUGUACGGCUGGUGGGUAGGAGAACUGAACAGCAUCAUUGGGAUUGUUCCAAAGGACUACCUCACCACCGCCUUUGAAAUGGAAGGAAGAUGAAGCCCAGGGGACAUAUUCUUCUCUCAAUCCUACUUUGAGGAAGAAACAGAUCAUCAGAAACUCCCACUCCCUGCUGGGGCCAUGAAUUCUUCUCUCCGCUGAAUGGAGCCAAAACUCUGCUGCUUCAUGUGACUUUAAGCCACUAAUAGACAAGUAGGAAGAGGACAGGUCAUCAAACAUGUUCCUCAAGCAGCCAGCUUCUAGCUUAUCACCCCUCCCAUGUCCUCACACCCAUAAGCCUUUUCUACAAGCCUGCUACAAAGAAGACAGCAAGGAAGGAAAUCAUGGGAGGAAGAAGUUACUGGUGGGCUGUGACUUGCAAAGCACAAAUAAAGUUUGGAUUUGUUUCUUUGCCUUGUA